CCCAAUCAGAGUCACUGGCGCUAAAUGUGAAUGAAUAAUAGUAUUAUUUUGUAUCUCAUUUAUGCGACGUACACAUAACACACUAUGUUGGCAUUCCUGUGGUGUACCUGCAGCAGCGAACCUGGUGCUUGGUCAGGAAUGAGCGACUGAAAACGCAUCCGCCCACUUGUUUCCUCCACAGGUAGAUGACAGGUGUUAUGCAUUUGUCGUGGUAUUUCAGGCUCUAGACUGAUGUGCAUAAAAGAUGAGCACCGCACCAAAAAAUGAGACUCCGGCCAAAGGUUGGGUUAAGUUUGAAGAUGAGGAAACGGGCAGCGAAAAGUCUGCUUCUAUUCAGCAGGAGGAUGAGAACGGAGGAAAAUCAGAGUACAAUGGCGCAGUGAUUACUGCAGAAACAUCACACAUAGAUUUGGACAGGAGUAGGAGUUCUGAAGUUGCCAUUACCGUGCCAGAAAGUGCUGGUGCCAACCCAAUCGUGCUGAGCACCAUCGACCUGAAUUCAGGAGGCACACUCACAAAUGGCGCAGGUUCGAUUCCCAUGUCAGAAACAAUCAGACAGGGCUUUGUGAACGGUGACAUCAUUGUGACUCUGCUGCCGGUCAAUACCAAGUGGCCUUGGAUCACGCCAGCCAAGUUCCGUCCUGAACUAGUCCCCGAAGAGCUGAUGGCUCAAGGGCUCACUUUAACCGUUGAGGAUUACGUACAAAUUAUGGAGCUGCUGACCAACGAUUUCCGAUUCACCAUGUACAACAUUUGUUACAAAAGAGUACUGUCCCUCUGGGUCAUACUCGCGUUUUCCAUUCUCUUGGUGCUCCUUUUUUCCGGAGUAACAGGUCUCACACUAUUCGGCCUAGGGGUUUUUUGGAUCUUUGUCAACGCCUUUGCAGUGGUUCUUUGCAUUUGGAUGAAAAUCAAGCUGAAUCACAAUUUGGAACACUGCUUAGCGUCUGUGAAUAGACACCUGUUGCGGCACAAAAUUCUUCUCGGACUGGAUGACAGGGGGAAGCUGUCGUGCCACAAAGUGAACCUCUGCUUCAUUUAUUUUGAUACUUCAGAGUGCGUGAAAAAGCUUCAGGAAGUGAUCGAUGGUGAGGAGCGGAUUGGCAGGGUCGUCGGCCGCGAGGAAACUGCCGAAGAGCGGCGAAAGAGGGUGCAGCUGCAGGAACGCAUGGACAUUGAUGACAGCGACAUCAUUAUCCAGGGUGCUAACACCACGCGGCUCUCCAGAAAACAAGCUAAGGGCGAGCGAGUGAUGUUGCGCUACCUUCAGCGCUGGGCCAAAGACUUUUUGCGCCGGCGCCUCGAUUGGACGCUGGACGAGAGCGGAGGCAACCCGGCAAGCCCGCGGCACCUGAGUCGGGCGCUGUGUCCGUGCCAGUACAUGGAGGAGUACUUGCGCAACAAACCAACAGCCGCAGCCCACCACACCCACGCUUUCUGCCCAUGUUGUUCCCUUUGGUGUGCCCAGCAGGGCAUCGAUUAGCUCUCCGCAAGGCGCCGAACGAACACUCUGCUGCUGCCAUAAUUUAAUUAGCGCAAUAUGUGUGUGCACACUUUGUCGGCGUCACGAUUUGUUUGUUUUGAUUUUGUCUUUACACACCUCUAACUGGUCCUGCAUGCUUCUUUGAGCUGUGCCUUUUUGUGUUUCACAUAGUCUUUGCUUGUUUAAUCAUAUCUGAACAGGAACACUGCGCAGCUUAAGUGAGAACGUUACUAACAAGAUCCUCCCGCCCCUAAAAUAUUUUUUUGCAUCAAACGUGUACACUUCUGUGAUGGAAACAUGAACCACCAGUUAAAAUUUUCUAUCUAGCAUUGCUUUCGAGUUAAGGACUGAUUUUUCAUUAGAGGAUUUAAAAAAUCUGAUAUUUGUUUAAUUGCUGUGAUUUUUGGCGUUGCAACUUCUCUUGAAGAGUUGAAUCGAUCGGUGGUUUCAUGAAAGUCGGCAUGUCUGAUGCAAAAUUAAAUACUUUAAAUUUUGGAAGGUAUGCGGGGGUUCCUUUUAAUUUAAAAUUGUACAUUCUCGGCUCUUUUUGACUUAAUUUUAUCACUGCUACAGGGAAAACUGAUUCUUUGUUCUCUUUAUCUUAUUAUUUAAUAUUUAUUAAUUUGAAAAUCUUGUUUUAGUUAAAAUGACUUAAUUUUUAUUUUCCUUGUGUGUUCCAACUCACAUCACAAGACUUGGGAAUUUUAGUCGUGUUUUCACGCUCUAAAAUUAAACUAGCUCUAUUUUUAUUAAGAAAAGGUCAAUUUUUCAAUCCUAGGGAGUAAAUAGUGUUUGAGUUAUACAAUAUUUGGACCACUCCAGGCGCUUUAUUCAUAGCCAAAACAAGCAGAAAAAUUGAUAUUUUUAAGAGACAAGAUGACUCAGAAAAUGCUGUUUUUUAACGCAUUUUUUUGUAAAAAUAAAAACAUUCUAAACACCUUUACCCGCACUUAAUUAAUUAACUAUUUAUGCACCUAAGCAGUCAGUUUUUUUUAUUUUUGGUCGUUAAAUUUGGUUUAUUUUAGCCUUAUUAACGAAUCAGAAUUUGAAUGUAUUUUUCCUCUCUAUAGAGAUAAUCCACCGAAAUUCCCAAGUGUAAUUGGACAUGACUCCAGUGACAAACGCAUGCAUUUCUUGGUGUUGGUGAGGUCGGGAGCAUUGGCCAAUCUGACCACGUCUUGUGUCUCUGUGGUGGCAGGGGAGGGCUGAGAUG